CCUACACUUCAUGGCUUUAUCGACAGUGCCGGCGACGCCAUGUUGGUGUUAGAAGCCUGUCUCCGGGGACAUCUUCUCCACGUUCCAAGAACAUUGCAUCCCGAUGAAGCCCAAUCUGUUAUCCAAAGCGGUUCAAUCUUUGUCUUCGAGUCCCAGUGCUCAGGGAUGAGAGAAUGGAACGAUUUCCACAGCUGGAGUAGUGGAACGCAAGUGGGCGAUUUCCGUUUAUGG